UCCGUCAAAUCACAACUGGGGCGCCGCCGCCGCAGACAGGGAUCCUCUCUGUGAAGCCCUCCGAGGGAACACCUUCAACUGCUCCAAGUUCGGACUUUUUUCGGAUGAUACCGGUGUGGAAACGCUCGAACAACCCGAGUAUAACAAGUUGUGACGGUUUGCUACCUCUUGCCAUGUCGCCGUAGCGAGAAAAGUCCGGAAAAGUCUCCGCGGUCCGAAGCAAACAAGUCGAGCUUAACGGGGUGUUCUAGCCGUCGAGUUUUCUCCUCCAUUUUCGCUGUUAUUAUCGGUUUCAUUUUGAUAUUUUUCGGGGAAUGUGCCUUUUCCAAACCGGUCUGGGCGUGUUUAGGUGUUUUUAAAGUCGGGAAAGCUCUACUUUUCAGUAGUUUGGACUCGUCGCUGCCUCACCAUGUUGCCGACGGCGCAGUACGCCAUGAAGAAACGGAAGAAGCCGGUGCAGAAAACGCCUAAGCCGCCUCCGCCCGACGGCAUCAAGUCCAACCCGUCCAAACGCCACCGGGACCGCCUCAACGGAGAGCUGGACAAGCUCACCAGCCUGCUGCCGUUCCCGGAGGAGGUGCGGGCGCGGCUCGACAAGCUGUCGGUGCUGCGGCUCAGCGUCGGCUACCUCAAGGUCAAGAGCUUCUUUAACGCCGUCUUGAAAACCGGCCCGAACGGCUCCGGCUGGAACGGCGAGCGGGAGCUGCUGUUUGGAGGAAACGUCCAGAGCGCCGCGCCGCCGUCGCUCUCCACCGCCUUCUCCGCAGUGACCACCUCCAUCGACGGAGUCAGCAUCUCCGAGGGAGACCUGCUGCUGCAGGCGCUGAACGGCUUUGUGUUGGUGGUGACGGCUGAAGGUUACGUCUUCUACACGUCGCCCACCAUCCAGGACUUCCUGGGCUUCCACCAGUCGGACGUCGUCCACCAGAGCGUGUUUGAGCUGAUCCACGCAGACGACCGCGCGCUCUUCAGACGGCAGCUUCACUUCUCCUUCGACCCCGACUCAGACGGCUCUGAGAGUCCCAGUGAGCAGAACAGCACUGACAUCAGCACCAACGUGGUGGCCUAUGACCUCCAGACCAUCCCUCCUGAGAACUCGUCCUUCCUGGAGAGAAACUUCUGCUGUCGUUUCCGCUGCCUCCUGGACAACUCGUCUGGUUUCCUGGCUCUGAACUUCCGCGGCCGGCUCAAGUUCCUCCACGGUCAGAACCGGGUGUCUGAGAACGGGUCGCUGGUUCCGCCUCAGCUGGCUCUGUUCGCCAUCGCAACGCCGCUGCAGCAGCCGUCCAUCCUGGAGAUCCGCACUAAGACGCUCAUCUUCCAGACCAAACACAAGCUGGACUUCACGCCCAUCGGCAUCGACGGCAGAGGGAAGAUCGUUCUGGGCUACAACGAGGUGGAGAUCAGCAUGAAGGGUUCAGGCUACAGCUUCAUCCACGCCGCCGACAUGAUGUACUGCGCCGACAAGCACAUACGAAUGAUGAGAACCGGAGAAACCGGCUUCACCUUCUUCAGACUGCUGACCAAAGAUCGGCGCUGGGUCUGGGUCCAGUCCAACGCCCGGCUGGUCUAUAAGGACGGGCGGCCAGAGUUCAUCGUGGCGCGGCAGCGAGCGUUGACGAACGAGGAGGGGGAGGAGCAGCUGCGCCUGCGCCAGCUGCAGCUGCCCUUCAACUUCGCCACAGGCGAGGCGCAGCUGUACGAUCUGCCGCUGAACCUGGAGAGCCUGGACGUCCCGGACCUCUGCUCCGCGCCCAAGCUCCGGAAGACGGAGGCAGAAUCUACCAACUCCCUGCUGGGCUGCCUGCUGAGCCAGGGCUGCGCGGCCUACUGCAAGCACGAGAACCCCAACGGCAUCGGCAUGCUGAGCGACGUGGCGUUCCAGGACACGCACGCCACCGUCAGCGUCCCCCAGGAGCUGCAGGCGGAGCCGGCGCCCAGCGUGCCGCUGCUGCGCAUGGACCCCACCAUCCAGGACAUGGUGGAGACGCUGGAGCAGCUGUUCGGCGACGCGGACUUGGUCGAGGCCGUGGACGUCGGGCCGGAGGAGCUGCAGAGCUGGGAGAACUCUCUGAUGAACUUCACCGCCUGCAACCAGGUGUUCAAGGACGACCUGAACGACAUCCUGAGCAGCGACAUCCUGACCUACGUGGCAGAGCAGCUCCAGAGCGAGGGCGGCCUGGCCUUCCCCGAACCCCAGAACCACAACCCGGAGCUGGCCGGGCAGCAGGACUUCAGCUGGCCUGUCCAGAACCAGAACCAGAUCCAGAACCAGAUCCAGAUGCAGCCGCCGCCUCUCUCUGGGACGGCCAAGCUCAGCCACCUGGACUUCCCUCAAACGGCUUCUGCUGAGCUCAACCUGGGCCUGCAGGUUCCGGUUCCGUCUUCCCUUCAGCUGGGCAGCGCCUCAAACGUGACCUUUAACCCUUCGUGUCGUCAGCACCGGGUAUUUAAAAGCAGCCCUGCAGAGUUAACGGAUCCAGACCAGAAAGCGGGCGGAACCGUCAACCCAGUAUUUAUCUUUAAAGGCUCUCAGUGGGGUGAGUCGGGCCCAGCCCAGAACUUUGUGGAACCCUUCGCCCCGAAUAUUUCAAGCGACGUUCAGCCGCCGCUGUCUGGGUUCCAGCCCAACCCCACCAUCCAGAACGCCUUCAGAACCCCCGAGCCCGCCCCGUUCCCCGACCAGCUGGACUGCAUGUUCAGAACCGCCGCCGCUCCGCUUCCCAACGGCGUCCAUCACGGCCAGGGCAGAACCGACCCGGACUCCUUCCAGAUGCCGGCCAAAGCCGCCUGCUACUACCAGGCGCUGCCUAUGGGCGGCGCUGUGGCGGCGGCGGCGCUGCCACCGCAUAAAGAGGCGGCGCUGACCUACCAGGUCAAGUCCAACGGCCGGACAAUGCAACAACACUUUCUACACUUCAGUGAAAACACAAAGAUGGACAACCAUCCCAUCAUUGGGAACGGAGGAUUCCCCUUCACCUCGCUGCCCAACGGGAAACCCUGCCUGACAGAGAACAAAUAGGACCGCCCAGACGCCUGGACUCCAACCUGGACUGAAACUCGGACUCAUCCGUGGAAACCUUAAAGCCUGGAGCGACUAACGAGGGUUCGACUGAAGAACAGGCGAAGGACAAGUUCAGCUUUGGUUCAGGUUUGGUGGUGUUGGCUCGAGAAGACAAUCAGGACUCAUAACAGCUGGAGAAAUAUUUCCUCUUUUAUAGGACUUAUUAAGCAAUUUGGAUGAUCAGCAUCUAUUACCAUCUCAAUGCUUCCUCAUAUUGGAAUUAGGAGUCUUCAAAUUAACCAUAAAAAAGGAAGAAAAAUGUUUUGAGUCAUUUUCCUUCACAUUUAAGAGUGAGAAGCAACAUAAAGUCGUGUGGAGUGUUCAUAAAGCAUUAAAACAUUUAUUUAAAACACUUUUUGUCGCUGGUGAUGCACACGGGCAGUUUGAGGUGGUUGGAAGUGAAUUUAAGUAAAACGGGACCGAAUGCGAGCAGUUUGGUUCACCACAAGGGGGCAGGAGUUACAAACCUGAGUGACUCAAUCUAAACCAACGCCUAGUGGCCAGAUGUGGUAUUGCGCUCCAGACCCAUUUGUUGCUCAUUUUAUCCGCAUUUUAAAAAAAGAAAACGACGGGAACACUGAACCAGCCGCGUGUUUUUCCCACUGUCGUGUUCAGCGCACAAAUGUUCCGCUCCGACCCGAACGCCGAGCCGGGUCCGCCAUCACUGUUUCCAUGUUUGGCUGCUGUUCUAAUCCGUCUCCAUUGAGGUCAUUUCAACUGUCACGCAGCGGGGAAGAUUUGCUUUGCAAGCAGACGGGACAUAACAUGAAACCAUGAACAUAAACGCACAACAGAGUGACGUCAGCAUCCUACUACGAGCCUGGAAGUCGAGUGGAUUCAGUGAAAACAGCUGCUUGUUUGUAUAUUUUAAAGCUUUGUCUCUGAGCCAGAUCUUUCUCUUUCUGUCAUUUUAGUUUAUUUUACUUGUUUCUUCUGAUGUUUUGCUCUUUUCUUGUCAGGGGGGUAAAAUACGACGGUGCCUUAAACUGAUGGAGCUUUAAAAAGAAAAGAAAAGAUUUGAAAAAGGGAAAAUAUUUUAAAAUUGACCAAAUUUAUUAGUUUAAAGCCAAACGUUGAGAUUUGUUUCACUUUAAGAUGUUUAAUUUGCCAAAGCACAGAAAUAUUUAGUUUUAGAUUCCUGGAGCCACUUUAUGAAACGGGCACAAAUUAAAACUUUAGCACUUAAUUUUUAAAGAGUAACUCUCGCUGCGAUCUGUUUGCACUAGAUUUAAAGAUGAAAGUUUAUUUUAGCAAGGCUCACAUUCUCCUCUUUCUCCACAUCCUUAAACCCGUCCAGCAGCAAAACACAGAAGUAAGACAGUGUAAGGCAGCUAAUGUAUAUAUAAGGAAAUAAAUGGAAAAUGUCAUUCAUAGAUGCCUUUUAAUUGACUUAGUUUUAAUAAUUCAGCCCAAACUGAGCCAACUUUAGUAGCGCUUCUUCCAGAAUAAGAAAAACGAAUCGUUUUCAUCAGAUCUUAGAGGAAACAGACUUGAAUUCAACCAAACUUUUGUAACCAAAGCCAUCAAAGAAGCUUUACUCCUGAGGAUACCAAAGGGAAUGGAACAUAAUUAACAUUUUCCAUCAACAUUUAGGCUUCAAUUAACCAUUUUUAAAACAUUUUAACCACAAAAACACGCUCAGGUCUCACUGAAAGUUUAUCCAAUCUGCUCCAGGUUUCCUGUUGGUUUAAAUGUUUUGCACAAGGCAGACAUGGAACUCUGGGAAAUGUAGUUGUCCUGCAUUCAGCAGCUUCUGGAAAUGAAUGAAACUCCCUGAACGUUUGGAGUUCAGAUUCAGUUAGAAAUCCAAACCCAGCAUGAAGCGCUUCAUCCUCAGUGCCUUUGUUUCACAAAGUAUUCUUUGUAUAGAGAUAUAAAUAUAUAUUGUUACUCGCUCUUACACUAUAAAAAGUCUUUAAGAUUUGACCUGUAUGCUUCAGACCUAAGGAAGCCUCCAUUAUGCAGUAUCUAACUGUUUGUACAUACAUUCAUAAGUAUAAUCAUUCAUAUAUCCUGCAUUGUAAUAAUGUAAUGCCUUUGUUUGACCCACGCCUGUUAUUUUGUACAUUUUCUGCACAGCUCAUGCAUAACCUCCUGCUCUCGUGUAUUUUUGGCUUCUCUGCUUCGUUGUGUCUCAAUAUUUGACCUUUAAAUCUGUAUCUGAGUGUUUGAGUCAGACUGUAAAUCUCCACCAUAUUAAAGGUGAUCUGAUCACUGCA